AUGAUCCUGCUCGCCUGUCCUAGCUCUUACCGGGUUCUCUCAGCAGGCUCCAUUCCCCUUUAUGCUCUCACCGACAUGCCUUCACGUUUGGUGGUCCUGACUCUGCCAGCGUUUUUCUUGUGUGUCACAGUCUCAGUGAGGUUACGGCAGGAAAAGGCAGCGCCAGCGCUGACUCCCAGCGUCUGCAGCAAACCAUGGGCAGGGUCUGCCUCUGGUGGCCGGCCGAGGAACAGCAGUCGUCCCUGGAGGCCCAAGAGUGGCAUUUGCACGCUGCAGACAAAUGCCAGCUUUGGAGCUGUGUUUUGGGGCUCAGAAUCCGUGCAGGCUGUUCUCCCCGGGAGGCAAGACCUCCUGGAGAAGGAUUUUCUGAUGAGUAUUGCAAGCCAAGUCCCCUGUUGUCCCCUAAACACGGGAGACACCGGAGUUGGGAAAUCAAGCAUUGUGUGUCGCUUUGUCCAGGAUCACUUUGACCACAACAUCAGCCCUACCAUUGGGGCAUCUUUUAUGACCAAAACUGUGCCUUGUGGAAAUGAGCUUCACAAGUUCCUCAUCUGGGACACUGCUGGUCAGGAACGGUUUCACUCAUUGGCUCCUAUGUACUAUCGAGGAUCUGCUGCAGCUGUUAUAGUGUAUGAUAUUACCAAACAGGAUUCAUUUCAUACCUUGAAGAAAUGGGUCAAAGAACUGAAAGAACAUGGUCCAGAAAACAUUGUCAUGGCCAUUGCUGGAAACAAAUGUGAUCUCUCGGAUAUUAGGGAGGUUCCCCUGAAGGAUGCUAAGGAAUAUGCUGAAUCCAUAGGUGCCAUCGUGGUUGAGACAAGUGCAAAAAAUGCGAUUAAUAUCGAAGAGCUCUUUCAAGGAAUCAGCCGCCAGAUCCCACCCUUGGACCCUCACGAAAAUGGAAACAAUGGAGCCAUCAAACUUGUGAAGCAACCCUCCCAAGCCAGCCGCCGGUGCUGCUGACUGGAGGGUGGUGGUCUGCGGUACUUGAAGAAGCCAGAGCCCACGCCUUGUCCACUGCUGAAGGACCCCACACUCGGUAACCUGGCACCUCAUUUUGUGAAGAGUGAACACGCUGGCUUUGCAUCCUGGAAGACCUACAGGGAGCUGGGCAGGAAACGUCCCUCAAAAAGGAUUUUAGAAAACUCUGGAAAAACCCACCUCCCCACCACGAAAAGGCCUUUAGUAUAUGAAAUGCACAUGGGAAGUAUUAUACUUACUAGGUGAUCAGCAUAGUUGCAUUUUGGUUAAAAACCUUAAAAACGUCUUGGAUUUGUACAACUCUUAACUGCCUUAUUGUGUGUAUGGGAUUCUAAAGUGGUUUUCCACUUGUGUUCCCUUUGUUACCUAGCCAAAUUUCAGUAACUUCUUCAGUGCCAUUGCCUUUGUUACCUAACCUAUCUUCACUGAAAUGCAAAUUUAAUUUAGAAGGUUAGUUUUUAGCUAGUUUGGGAAGUCAGCCUUUAUUUAUUACUUUUCUGAAGGAAGUCAGAGAAGGGUAAUUGGACCAUCGCUCAAACUGAGACUUGAGCUAUCACAGAAGAGGACAAAGAUGUAUUAGAAACUGUUGUGUAUAUCUCUUAAUUGGUGAGCAUUUUUAUAAGUUUUGGUCAUAUAUAAAAACAAUCCAAAUCAAACUGAAGUAUUGCAUAAAAGUUUGGGAUUGGGAGGACUAGUUUGAAAGAGUAACUGUGUAAGCAUUAAUAGCUGUAGGCUUUAAAUAUUAUUCAAGAGACCAACUGAUGUGCAGUAAUAAAUUCCUACUCUCUCAGAGAAGUUUAAUGCACGUAGUACUAUUUUACUAAGAGAAUAUGUCAUGGUGUCAUAUCUAGGGGAAGAAAAUGAACAGGAAUUAAAUUUAAUGUUUGAGUCUAAACCAUAGGGCAAACUUCUAAUAAUAGCAAUUAAUAAUAGGUUACAGGAAAGCUGGCCAGAGGAAGUAUCAGCACCUUAAAAUCAUAGACCAAAAAAACUACAAAAAUCAGAGAAAAUAUUUAAAAUGUUGCCAGACUUGGGGAGGAGGGUCGUAGGGCUAUCUAGAGGUCUGACUCCGAUGUGCUAAUGAACUGAGAAUGGGCUUCGAGGGGAAUCUUCCUUUUCAGAUUCCCUGUCUGCUGGCUUAAUGAAAGGUGUCUGAAUCCAAAGGAAGAAAACACAUGAAAAGGAAGAAAAGUCAUUUCCAUUGAAAAUUCAAAUCCUAUUACCAUUCUAACUUCCAUUAAAAAGUGGGGAUCAAGGAGCAUUUGAUUUCCUGUCAGGACUUAUAUCGGGGGGGGGGUUGAUUCUUUUU